AUGUUCGAGGGUGACUCAGGUUUUCCUCGGGACGAGGAGGCAUCUCGGAGGAUGUGUAUCGACGAUGACGUGAAGGUAGUGAAAUUCAGCUACAUGUGGACCAUCAACAACUUCAGUUUCUGCCGCGAGGAGAUGGGCGAGGUCCUCAAGAGUUCCACCUUCAGUGCCGGCUCCAACGACAAACUCAAAUGGUGUUUGCGAGUGAACCCGAAGGGGCUGGACGAGGAGAGCAAGGACUAUCUCUCCCUCUAUCUGCUACUAGUCUCAUGCAACAAAUCCGAAGUCAGAGCCAAGUUCAAAUUCUCGAUCCUCAAUGCCAAAAGAGAAGAAACCAAAGCUAUGGAGAGCCAGCGGGCGUACCGGUUCGUGCAAGGGAAGGACUGGGGCUUUAAGAAGUUCAUCCGGCGGGACUUCCUCUUCGACGAGGCGAACGGCCUCCUGCCGGACGACAAGCUCACGCUCUACUGCGAGGUGAGCGUCGUGGCGGACAGCGUGAACAUCUCGGGGCAGAGCAACGCCUCGCCGUUCCGCGUGCCGGACUGCCGGCUCGCCGAUGAUCUCGGGAUGCUCUUCGAGUCCCAGCGCUUCUCGGACGUCACGCUCGCCGCCGCGGAGAAGGAGUUCGUCGCCCACAAGGCCAUUCUCGCCGCCCGAAGUCCAGUGUUUGCGGCCAUGUUCGAGCACGAGAUGGAGGAGCGGAAGGCGGGCCGGGUGGAGAUCGCCGACGUGGAGCCCGAAGUCCUCCAGGAAAUGCUACGCUUCGUCUACACAGGGAAAUCGCCGAAUUUGGACAAGCUGGCGGACGAGCUGCUCGCUGCCGCCGACAAGUACGCGCUGGAGCGAUUGAAGAUCAUGUGCGAGGAAGCACUCUCCCAGAGCCUCUCGAUAGAGAACGCGGCCGACGUCCUCAUCCUCGCCGAUCUCCACAGUGCAGAUCAGCUGAAGAGUCAGGCCAUCGAGUUCAUCAACACGCAUGCGACCGACGUGAUGGAGACGAAGGGGUGGAAGAGCAUGAUCGGGAGGCACCCGCACCUGAUCGCAGAGGCCUUCCGGGCCCUGGCCACCCAGCAGGUCCCUCCCAUCGGACCCCCGCGGAAACGCAUCAAGCAGACCUAAGACCAGUGAUAUCUAGGGUAAUACAUAGACCGAAUGCAACAUCAAAAUUCACACACAUUCACACUCGACAGAGCAAGCAAAGGAACCGAAACGAACCUCGUCGUCGUCUGCGUGUUAAGAAGAGUGUGAGUUUUUGUGCGUCUGUGUCAGCCCUGUCUACCUCCGGAUCCUCACACGUUCAAAGGGAGAGAGAGAGGAAAAAGAAGUCGGAAAAAAAAAAACUUUUUCUUUUUGGAAGACGACGAUGAAGACGAGCGAAUCGGACUCGAAAAAGAAGGACGGUCCCUCUUGGCCAGUGUUGUACGUGCACGUCGCCCGGGUCGAGUCUGUUCGACUCUCACGCCAAUCAAAAGAAGACUCCAGCCCCGCGCCGACCCGUGCGGUUAACGUGCGGUUAACGGUCUCACAGUCACGUUCGUGACUAAUUUCUCCUUUUUUUGCCGAUUUUAUUCGGCACUGGUGAUAGCAUGGAAAUUUAAGGAAGCAAAGCAAAAAAGAUAUUGGCGACACGAAAUUGAAGAAGUUGCAACUUUUUUUUUUUUUGGGAGCGAUUGGCACGAUGUACAAGAAAACCCCGCCCCGCCC